UGACUGACAGGGAUGUCAAAUCUGCUGACAGCUGACUGUGACUGAUCAAAAGCAUGGAAGUUGAAUUAUAAUAGCCAGUAAAAGAAAUCAUUUUAGAAAUAGAUAUUAAUUUGUAAAUUCAAUUUUAGCAUAGUUUAAACUAGUGUUUAGUCUUUCUGAAUAUUGGACGUGGUACCGCAUGUAUUACAGCGUGUGAUAGAUAGGCCACAAGUAGACUGAAAGUUCAUGACACAUAACAAGCUUGUUGAGUCAGUAAUGGAGCUGCACACUAAGCAGCGACAGUUCAGUGGACAGCUGUAUAAGUAUACAAAUGUCAUGAAAGGCUGGCAGUAUAGAUACUUUUUGGUGGAUGCAAAUGCAGGCUUGCUGCAUUAUUAUCUUUGUGAGGGAGAAAAGCCUGAUGGAAGUGUACCAAGAGGUUCAGUGCAUUUAGCAGGUGCUGUCAUAUGCCCAAGUGAAGAGGAUAGUAAAACAUUUACAGUAAAUUGUGCUUCUGGUGACAUGUUGAAGCUAAGAGCUACAGAUGCUAGAGCUAGACAAGAAUGGGUCAAUGGAUUGAGGGCAGUUGCAGAAUCUCAUACUAAGGCAAUGUCAUCAGCAGGUCCAGGGUCUCUUCCAGCUCGUGAACACUUGGCUGUUUUAGACGCACUCAGUUGCCUGAGAGCCCAACUGCAUCAGACAGAACAAGCAGAUUCGGCAUUAUGUAGAGCGAUUGAAACAGCAGGUUCCAAAUAUCAUAUUGACAGGGAGUUGUUGCUUCUCAAAGCUACCUCAGCAGCAGCGUUGCAUUGCUUAACACAAUGCGCAGGUGUACUACAACGGGGUCAGCAUGCUACAGCACACCAUGCCAAAACUGGUUUAGUCAUUGAUGAUGAUUAAGAUGAAUAUUCAGUAUGAGGCUACUAUUUUUUUCUUUGAUACAGAGCGACAGAGUUGGUAUUGUGAAUGUCGAACUCAGUUAUAUGAGUUUUAAGAUAAAGAAUUUAUUAUAGACUUGGAAUUACUAUAGUCUUCAAGACUCUACUUUCUGUAAGUAGUUAGAUGAUCGAUACGUCCAUCGCAGUAUUUGUGAAAUUAAUAGGACUUAUUUAUAGAUAUCCAUUAUGCUCAUACUAUAAUGAAUUCAGCGCUUGGAUGCAAAGAGGUUUUAUCAAGCCAUUUUUAUUAGUUUAAAUAUCAAGAAAAAUUUUGUGUGUGUAUAUGUGAGCCAACAAAAAUACUUUACUCGAGACAGAUUUAUUGACAAUGUUCAUUCAUAUUUCUCUGCAUUGUUCACUGAUAUUACGCGGCUGUCGCGAGCUAUGUAUAACAAUUUCUCUGGGCAAUGCAUUUUUACUUUUGGUGUUACAUUUUAUUCGUAAAGUCUGCAAGAGAUUGAUACACUUUUGAGACUAGUCUUGCGCUUGUAUGCAAUGCAGCCAUAAGUUUCAAAAUUAAUUUACAAUUUGAUUUUUAAAAAGGCUGCUGUGAGAACCGAAGCAACACUAAAAUCCCAAUUUAUUUAUCUCUUGCUUAGUUUAUUGGCCACAUUCAAUGAUAUUGGCUUAUAAACUUUUCUGUGAUAGGCUAAUAUUAGCUAACUUUUUCAAGCAUAAUUUAAGGGAAAAUAAAAAUACUAGUCUAAUCAUAUUAGCAAAUUUCCCCGAAAUAAUUAAAGUCUGGCUUUAUUCGUGCAAGUUCUUCAAGCGGGUUUUUAGAACAUGGACACAUAAAAUGGGUACACGAAUUUUUGUGGGAAAACUUUUUAUUCGAUAACAAACGAUGAGAAAACGUGCUUUUUGGGAUUCAAUCGAAAGUGUUGAAGAUUUUUAGUUAUUUAUGAGACCUACAAAAUGAGACUACACGUAAAAAGAUCCGACUAAUAUCAAAACUGUUAUGACCGAAAAGCGAAGCAAAAUGCAGGUUUUGGCAUUUGUUGGUAAUGCGACGAUAAUCUCACGCAUCUUUUUGACAUUCCUCAAAUCCGUAGUAUUCAUACCUCUAAAUAACAACAACAUUGGAGUAUACUGGGCAAGUAGUUUUUGAGAAUUUCUAAUUGUUUAUCCCAAAACACCUGUUUUCCGGACAUCACUACUAGUACAUUGAGCAAUGUACAGGGUUCGUUCAAAGAGUAUUUAAUAGGAAAAUUCACGUGUUUACCUUGCCGAUAUGAAUCACAAACCAUUCCGAAAGAUAAAUGUUAUUUUUAUACGAAAAACAAAGCUCAUGUUUUUUCUUCUAAACAAAUUCAAACAUUUUGUAUUUGUGAGUAAUUGAACAAAUGCGCAUGCACAUUUUAAAACAAAGCGGAUGUGACUAUCAUCUUUUGUUGAGAAUUACUCACAAAAUCCGAAGAAAAAACAAACCAUUCUUUUUUGCAUAAAAAUAUCAUUUAUCUUCCGGAAUGGUUUGCGAUUCAUAUCGGCAAGGUAAACUAGUGUAUUUUGCUUCAAUAUGCCCUUUGAGCUCAAUAAGUUAGUAGUGAUGGCAGAAAAACAGGUGUUUUGGGAUAAACAAUUAGAAAUUCUCAAAAACUACUUUACCAUUCUACUCCAAUUUUGUUGUGGUUACUUAAAAGUAUGAAUCCUACGAAUUCGAAGAAUUUCAAGUAUCUACGAGAAUCCAUCGUCCCAUUACCAACAAGUGCCAAAACCUGCAGUUUGCCUUGGUUUUCGGCCAUAACUUUUUUGCUAUUAGUUGGAUCUUUUUACAUGUAGUCUCAUUUUGUAGGUCUCAUAAAUACCUAAAAAUCUUAUAUGAAGAGUCUUUUCGUUUCUGCCAACACUUUCGAUUGAAUCCCAAAAAAUACGUUUUCUCAUUCUUCGUUGUCGAAUAAAAAGUUUUACCACAAAAAUUGGUGUACCCAUUUUAUGCGUCCAUGUUUUGAACAACUUGCAGAAAUAAAACUAGACUUUACAAGUAUUUGGCAAACCAGAGGUAUUUUCGUCUAAUAUGAUUAGACUAUACUGAAAAAAAAGUUUUUGAACAAAAUCUUUUUGAACUAUCUUCAAAACAUACAAAUUACUUAAAUUAUAACUUAAACUUGAAACAGCCAUAUUUUUGGGCGAAAAAGCCUCUAUUAUAGUGGAUAGUUAGAUUUGUUGAAAUAUCUAGUAUUUUACUUUGACCUAAUGUAUACUACAGUAAUUUAUACAUAGCGUGAUGAUGUUAAGAUUUGAUUCUGCAUGAUGGAAUUAUAACGUAUUUCGUUUUUAAAACAGCUAGGCUUUUUAGCAAUACACAGAUAUGGAUAAAUUUAGGAUAUAAAAAAGAUGUAACUUCAUUCCCAAGUAUUUAUCAAAUAUAUAUUAUGUUACGUUCUAAACUUGUAUGAUUUGUGUUGAUCAGCACUACCGAGAUGUAUUUAACACUUUCAAUGCUUAUACAUUGUUGACAAACUUCACGGACGGACGGUGCAUUUGUUGGGAAAUAAUACCGUUAAAAUAUUGCUAGUAUGUCUUCUAUAUAAUUAAAAUACAAUAAACUCCUCCC